AUGAAGAUGCUUGAUUCCCUUGAUCUAUCACAUAACCAACUCUCUGGAGAGAUACCUACAAGUUUAGCAGAAAUACACACUCUUGGGGUUCUUGAUUUGUCUAACAACAACUUGCUCGGAAAAAUUCCAACGAGUACUCAACUCCAAAGCUUUAAUGCAUCCACUUAUGCCGGGAAUGAUGGACUCUGUGGCGACCCUCUGCCACUAUGCCCCGAAGAUAGCUUGAGGCCAUCGACCACAAAUCCAAGGGAAAACGUGAAUGAAAAAGAUGACAACAUCUUCUCAUUUAUGCAAGAAGUUGUCAUAUCAAUGGCUUUUGGUUUUAUUUUUGGAUUUUGGGGAGUUAUUGGGUCAUUCAUACUGAAGAAAUCAUGGAGAAAUGCAUUCUUCAGUGUGUUGGAUGCUGCGGGAGAUUGGUUCUACGUCAGGAUUGUUGUGUUUGUGUCCAAAUGCAAACGAAGCCUAAACUCUAAAUUCUAA